AUGCCGGGCCUGGACGUGAGCCCGUUGGUGGAUUCACCAGAUCGUCCGCUUGUCAGGUCCCACAAAACACUCCCGCGGAGGGGCAUCCUUCCUAUAAACGUUGCCCAACCGGCCUCCCCGGAGCAAACGGGCACAGUGGCCACGCCGGCUCCUCCGUUGACUCCGCCCGGUGCGAUUCACGAUGAAGCCAUGGAUGGCGAACUCACACCCCGAAAACUCGACCCGCGCCCCGAUAAUUCGACGGGAAUGGUAACACCUCGCCGGCCCUCCAAACCCCCGACUCCUGAUGUUACACCUCCUCAAAGCGUCUCGAUCAAGCGACCGCCGCUCAGCCAAUUUAUCCACCCUUCGUCUUCCUCACGAGCCGAGUCCUUUCAGACCGCCUGUGAGGAAAUCUCUUCAGAUGGCGACAUGGAAACCCCCGUUCAAUCAUCUCGAAAUGCGUCGCAAAGGAGUCGCAGAAUUACUUCGUUGCGACAGAAUGCGCCGAACGGAGUCCGUGCGAGACUCACCUAUACCAAAGACACCCCUCCGUCCGCCUCCCAGCCACACAGUGAAACAGAAUAUGAAACAGGAUUCGAAUCAUUUGAUGGAGAAUGGGCGACUAACGGGUCACCGACGCCUCUGAAGGGAAAGCGACCCUUGGCUCGAGGACACAGUGCAUCAGGCUCUGAUAAGGACACGCUGGACGUGCUCCACUUGGAUGCUUCUUUGACUCGGGAAAUGAACCUACGUGAUCGAGUACGCAAGACACAAGAAACCCACGAAGUCACCCCGACUCCCUCGAUGGAGCGAUUUCGCGAAGAGAUUGGAUGGCCAUCCCGCGAUACCUCUUCGCAGGCCGGCGACCCAGAGUCUCGACGAUUAUCAGCCCAAUCUUCCACGUCGACCGUGGAAGCGAUGAUCAUCGACUCUCCCAAGCGAGCUCAACGAUCGUUGCGACACACGGAAAAACGCACCUCUCUGCGAUCGAUCAGUUCUCCUAUAACGAGGUCCGAGCACACUUCUACUGCAUCGAAUCCCGACUCCCAGCGUCGCCUGAUCCACAAGGCUGCUCGAAUUUCGGAAGAGAAUCGUCGAAGCAUCUCCUCUGAUUUAUCUUUCUCCGCCAAGACGGUUCCCAGCACACCCCGUGCGUCAGCUGAGAUCAUUCCUGUAGUCGUGAUACCGGAAAGACGAUCGUCACUCCGAUCGGGACCCAAUAGUCAGAUAUCUUCCAAGCAUGGUUCUCAACGGUCCAGUCGACGCCCACCAGUAUCAGAGGGCUCGGGUUCAGUGAGUGCUCGUCAGAAAAAACGAACGAUGUCAGAUUCAGCUUCUGCACGACCCCGCGAUCUAGACUCAAGGGGCCGCCCCUUCGGUCAGCCGAUCAUUCCGCCUCGCAGCUCCUCGCUUUCUGCACCAACUAGCCGAAACAAUUCCCGCGCUACAUCCCUCACCUCGGAGAGCCUGCGCAGCCACACCCUAGCGAUGGACUUGGAGAUGCAAAAGCGUCGGGACCAGCAGCCGGUUUCACCGCCUCGUCACAACAUCUUGGGCCCUAAUGGUCACAAAGCCUCAAGGAAGGCCUCGGGUCAUUUGCAGCCUCCCAAAAUACCAACGUUCUUGCUCAGCCCUGAGGAGGAAGACGUGUCAACCCUGCGUCCCCCAUCUCUACCAUAUACCCAGUGGUCGAUCCCGUCCUCUUCCCCGGGGCCUGUCGAGAUCCGGGAGGCCACUGCUGUUAGCCUGUUUGCACACAAUAACCGAUCAUUACGUCUGGUUGAUCAGCGACUGCCACCCGGACCGGAGAUCCAGGAUGUCCCAACAUUCCAUGAGAUCAGACGGAAAAUUGACAACCCUAAGACCCCAGAUAAUCCCAUUGACCCGACUUUGAACGUGGAUUCUCCACUGAAAAACCCCCGGCCACCGCCCAAGCCUCCCAUCUAUAAAGCUCCCCAUUCUAAGCCUCUUCCUCCACUUCCUACCCAGGCGGAGGGAGAUGUAGAUUCUGGCGAGAUGGGUCGGCAAGGGUCUGUUCGUCGCCCAUGGACGGUUCGGCCUCGGUCAAAUUCCUUUAACACGCUAGUGCGCUCUCUUUCCAUCAAAUCAGCAAAGAAUCGCAAAGCAGGACUGGAAAUGGAUAGCCGCCUCCACCCCAUGUGGCGCCCACGCGGAUUCUGGGAGGACGUAUCUGGAUCUCCAAAGAAAGGAAACUCAACUGCUCGGAAUCUCAGCCCCGAAGAGACCCCGUUCGUAAACAACUCCCUCGGUCUUCCCCAAUACCGAAUUGUUAUCGAAGGCCCGCCAUCUUUAGCUCGUCGCAGCCCUGAAAUGAGACGCUUGUUCAACGGCAUGCCUUCCGCUACACAGUACAACGCCAGCAAUGCCAGUCUUGCGGACCGAGGGAUGUUCCGCACCGGAACACCCUUGUACCAAAGUCGCUACCAAGUUCUUUCCAAAUGGGGAAUCCGCCUUCGCUCAAUGAACCUGCGAAACGUGCGAAAUCGUCUCCGACGUAUGCGCCAGAGACGUGAUGAGAGGAAACGGGUCACACGCCGGGAGAACCUCAAACAGAAAAUCGGUGCUCCUGUCCAUGUGGUUUCUAGUGCUACCCAUGGUAUUACGCGUUGA